UUGACAUCUGUCAAACAAGAAUCCUCAUUCCAUUCCACUUGUUUUGUUUAUAAAAGCAGAAAUUUAUACAAAAAAACAACACAUAAAUAAGUGGGACAUUACAAUAAACUUACAAAAAUAGUGCUGCUGUAAUUCAGGUAGAGUGGUGUACAUGGAGAAGAUUACUAACUGAAUGUAGUUUCAAAGUAAAUAUUUUUAGCCGCAAUCAUCAUAAUAAUGGAGGAAGAUGAAGACAUACCAGCACUCUCCGCAGAGACGUUUGCAGCUCUGCAAGAGUUCUAUGCAGAGAAACAGAAACGGCAAGAGAUCUUAGAGAAGCUGGAAUCACAGAAACAGUUGAAUGAAAAUAUCAUUUUUGAAGAAAACUGGCAACUGAGUCAGUUCUGGUACAACGAGGCAACAGUGCAGGCCCUAGUGAAGAUUGUUGACAAAUUGUUACCUGACAACGGCAAGGUUGCUCUUAUAUCCUGCCCUACGUUGUUUGUGCCAGUUAAGAGACAACUAGGUGACAGGGCAAAUGUAACUCUCCUUGAAUACGAUAGAAGAUUCGAAGUGCACGGAUCAGAUUUCAUAUUCUACGACUACAACUCACCAGAUAAACUACCAGCAGACUUAGAACAUACUUUUGACUUGGUCAUCGCCGAUCCACCGUUCCUCUCUGAAGAAUGCAUAACCAAGACGUCACAGACUAUACAGUUGCUAGCCAAAGGGAAGAUAAUUGUAUGUACUGGUGCUAUAAUGCAGGGACAUGUAGAGAAGUUGCUAAGCUUAAAACUGUGUGACUUCAAACCACAACAUAGGAACAAUUUGGCAAAUGAAUUCUCGUGUUAUGCUAAUUUUGAUUUGGAUGAUGUCUUGAGAUGAGAAACUUAAAAUUUUGUUGUAAAUAUGUUAAAAUGUACUAUUAUUUUCCGUGAUAAAACAUAACCUACUAUACUUUUAUAGAUAAACUUUGUACAUUUAAAAAAAUCAGUUUAGUGGACAGCAGACAAAAAGACACACUUUUGCAUUUAUGAUAUUAGUAUGGAUUGUAACUAUGUUGAAGAUUUAAUGUAUAAAUUCUAAAUAAAUAAUUUUUAUUUGUACCUACAUCUAUCUUUUAUUUCAUCUUUGACAACAAGGUAAAUAAAAUAAAAAGGCAUGUUUAAAACAUUUUGCAUUUAUUGAUCUUAACAAAACUAGUAAUUUGUCAUUAUGCCGGUUAACAUUUUAAAUAUUAAUAGUACCAAUAGCUUUCCAGGACACAACAUUUUCUAAAUCUAUAAUAUGAUGACUUACUCUCAAUAAAAUAUAGGGAUAAUGCAUACAUUUUGAGAACUCCCUAGCCAUUUUUGAUCUUUUUUUUUAUUAUAGCUAUUGUUAUUCUUUUUUUUUUUUAUUCACUAUAGGUAAGCGCUUGAUCUAUGCACAACUGUCAUGUAAAAUCGUACUUUUGACAGCACAGUUGACAUGAGCUAAAAUGGCGAGUGAGUUCUCAAAAUGUAUGGACUAUAUUACUUACAAAAUAUAUUAUGCUUUAGAGAUGUCUUACAAGAAAAGGCCAUCUUUUAUUUAGUGAAUUUAUAGUAUGAGUUAAGUACGCGACAGGUUGAGAUGGCAAUCGAGGUAUCAGGCGGGGAGACGCCCCGCGCACCCGCACGUCAUCUGCGCUGUCCCGCACUGGGUUAGCGCGGGUGUGCGGGGCGUCCCCAUCCCUAUUGCCAUGUCGAUCUGUCGCAAGCUAUACAUACAAAUAUUCAUAAUAUUUUUCAUACAGAUACAAGUAUAGUAUGUAGCAACAGUCCAUUUAAAUAGUUACAGUGCAGAUUACAGUAGGUAAUAUUUAUUUACAAACAUUCAGACAUCAAGUAAAUUUUAAAAUAGAAUUUUCUAUGACUAAACAUUUAGCAAUGCAAGGUGUAUAUUAAUAUUUUGUAGUUUUUAAUCUCAAACUACUAUAGGAUUUCAUCUUUUUUUAAAUUCUGAUACUAGUUAGCCCUUGACUGAAAUCUCACAUGGUUAAGGUAUCUUUAAUACUAAAAAAAGCAUAUGUAGGUACCUAUGGGUGUUUUUAAAAAGAGGCCAAGUUCCAGUUAAGUUCAAAUUCAUUGAAAAACCUAGGUUGGUGCCUACUUACAUAUUUUUAUCAUUCUGUAGCUGUAGGAUAUAUUUUUGAUAUUAAAAUAAUUAGAUACCUUUAAACUACAAUUAUCGUGAGAGUAAGUUCACCUAUUUUUUUUAGAAUUUCCACAAACAUAAAUAAAUAAUUGAAUAAUCAAGGCUGUAUAUAAAGUUACCAGCAUUAAAAAUGUAUUCAUUAAUUUUUAACUAAUUUUCUUUACCUAUUUAUUUAUUAAUUUAUGUAUUUACUAGGUAAUAUUAAGAAAAUAAUUGGAUUUACUUUUAAUUUGUUGUUCAGAACACAUUAAUUUUUAAGUAAUUACAAGUUAUAACUUAGUUUUUUUAUUAAGGCUGAGUUUUCAUUUGUCAAAUUAACUAAUGAAUUAAUUUCAAACAUUUCGGCAUAAUUGUAAUACCAAACCUGUUAAAUUUAUUCCUUCAUUUGACAAAUAUUGAAAAAUCAACCUUUAGAAGAAAUAUUACCAGAUAGAAAAGGCCAUAGAUAUUGUCCAAUAAAUUUAGUGGACAUUUCAUUUAUUUAUUACCUAUAUUAAUUAUUUAUUAAUAAAUAUUAUAUUAAACUAUAAUAAAUUAUUCAAUUCAAUUGAUUUAAAAAUCAUUACCUAACAACUAUUUUAUUUUGGUGUUUAAAUACAUAAAUUGUUUUCAGAGUUAAAACAUUGAAACCAUGUCACAAAAAAUUAAAUGUUUCCAUUCCAUAGCAGUUUCCAAUCACGGAAACGAAUAUUGAUACCAAUUCUGUUGUACACAAUUUUUAAGCUAAACUAUAUUGACAAGGAUAGCACUAUAUUAAGGUUGAAAUCUAUAGAACGCACUUCGACUUUGCUGAGACUUAAGUUUCAGUUAAAGCGAGACAGAUUUAUGCCAGCGGUAUAACGCUGUCUCGUUUUAACAGUGACUUAAGUCUGAGCAAAGUGAAAGUGCGCUGUGUAGAUCUCAGCUUUAGACCUGUCAAUUUAAUUCAGAGAUAGAGAGAACAGAAUUGGGUCUUAAUAUUAUAUAAAAAAGUGCAAUAUUAAAUUUGUACUAAACAAAAUUAUUUAUAUUACUUCAUUUGAACCAUGUAGCAUAUUAUGUAUACUAUUUUGAAAAUAUACAGUAGCGCGGGAGAUGAAUGUCAUCCUGAUUUAAGCUAGAAAUCAAUUAUCAAACUUUGCUGUAUAAAGUUGAUAGAAUUUGAGCAUCGAAACUAAACCUUAACUGCAUUAUUUUAAAGCUCAAUUUUGCUCUAUACAUCAACAACCAGCGCUUCAAGCGGAAAUCUUGCGAAAAUAAAAAAGUGAUAUUGAAUUUCGAUUGUAAUUCGUAGAUCUUUAGGUCUAUUUUACUCUGUUUUUGUGUUUCGACGCCUUCUACCAAUGUUGGCGGUGAUAAGAUGUUAUUUAGAUUUCUAGGGUUGCCAAUAAUAUUAAAAGAAACUUAGACCCUAUGGCAUUCAACUCACGCAAAAAUAGUGAUAAUAGAAAUAACCAGAACUUAAAUAUAUACAUAUUCUAAUAUUUAUCUAUGUGACCCUGUUAGUAUCACAAGACACGCGGGGUUUUGUUUACAAUCAAUAUUGUAAAUCACCUAUAAUAUUUAUACACUUUUACACAAUAUUACAUAACGCUAUGUAAUUUAAAUAUUCAGUAUAGCCCACAUUUCAUUGUCAGUGUUUAGUAAAAUUAACAUUACUUACAUCAUUUUAAUUCAAAAAU